AAACUGGAGAGAGACAUUCCAAUUAUUCUUUGCAAUUUAGAAAGGAUAUUUCCUCCAGCGUUUUUUGAUUCAAUGGAGCAUCUCCUAGUUCACUUGCCUUAUGAGGCUAAAGUUGCAGGUCCCGUCCAAUUUCGAUGGAUGUAUCCAUUUGAGAGGUUCUUAUAUCAUUUGAAGAAAAAAGUGAAGAAUAAGGCAUGUGUUGAAGCUUCAAUUUGUAAUGCAUAUAUUGUGGAAGAAGUGACAACAUUUGCAUCAUACUAUUUUGAGCCGCACGUGCAGUGCAAGAGGCGGAGAGCAGGAAGAAAUGAUGAGGGUCCCAUCGAUCCCAAUUGCAAAUCAUUCUCUAUUUUCAAUUAUCUCGGUCGACCAAGCGGCGCAUGUCAGUUUCGUUGCUUAACAGGCGAAGAACGGCAGGCCGCCCAUACCUAUAUUUUACUGAACUGUCCAGAAGUGGAGCCAUACUUCCAGAUUUUUCAAAAUUCAAUGUAUGGACUACCACCAAAUGAGUUCGACCGUUUGUGCGAUGAACAAUUUGCAGCAUGGUUCAAAACAUAUGUUCACAGUAAUCAUGAUCAAGUUGAAGAGCAAGGAUUACUAUAUUAUCUGUCAUGGGGUCCACAGUCAAGCAUACGAAGUUGGCCAGCAUAUUUCAUAAACGGCACGAAGAAAAAUCGAGGAACACUGGAAGGAUACAGCAUAUCAACAAGAGGAAGUUUAUAAUGCGGUUCAAACUGAGGAAUAUAACAUUCCUACUCUACGAGAUCCAUGUGGAGCAAUGAUAGAUGUAG